AGACAGGCUCCGGUAGUGCGGAACAGCAAGCCAUCGCCAUUUCCAAGCGCCCACUUUCAAAAUGGUAGCCGGAAGGACGUUUGCGAUUAGGGCGUGCGCGAGAUUUUAAUUUAAGGAUAUUAACAUGAUUUCCGGUCCGGCUGCAAGAUGGCUGCGCCCAGUGGUGGAUUUAAACCUCGUGAGCGUUGCAGUGGGGAACAAGAACAGGACUGGGAUGCCGUGGCACCCAAGCGGCCCCGACUUGGGGCGGGAAGCAAGAUGGGAGGCCGUAGGCUUAUUGUGGUGCUGGAAGGGGCCAGUCUGGAAACAGUCAAGGUAGGGAAGACAUAUGAGCUACUAAACUGUGACAAGCACAAAUCUAUGCUGUUGAAGAAUGGACGGGAUCCUGGGGAAGUAAGACCAGACAUAGCUCACCAGAGUUUAUUGAUGCUGAUGGACAGUCCCUUGAAUCGAGCUGGUUUGCUGCAGGUUUAUAUCCACACACAGAAGAAUGUGCUGAUUGAAGUGAACCCCCAGACUCGAAUUCCCAGGACCUUUGACCGCUUUUGUGGCCUCAUGGUUCAGCUUUUACACAAACUCAGUGUUCGAGCAGCUGAUGGCCCCCAGAAGCUCUUGAAGGUAAUUAAGAAUCCAGUGUCAGAUCACUUCCCAGUUGGGUGUAUGAAAAUUGGCACUUCUUUUUCCAUCCCAGCUGUUAGUGAUGUGCGAGAGUUGGUACCUAGCGGCGACCCUAUUGUUUUUGUGGUGGGGGCCUUUGCCCAUGGCAAGGUCAGUGUGGAGUAUACAGAGAAGAUGGUGUCCAUCAGCAACUAUCCUCUUUCUGCUGCCCUCACCUGUGCAAAACUUACCACAGCCUUUGAAGAAGUAUGGAGGGUCAUUUGACAGUAGGCCUUACUCUGAGACAGAGACUGUUGACAUUGUAUCCCUUGACCCUGUUUUCAACUCACUGUUAGAAGAUGACUUUUCUGCAUCAAGACUGUGUGGUUUGCGGAAGCCAAGGCUGUACAUUUGCUAUCUGUUUAUCCUAUAAAUAGUUCUUGUCAA